AUGACGGCCCAGAACGGCCACGGCGACCUCGCAAGGAAGCCGGUCGUCGUCAUCUACGCGCCGCCGGGGAUGGCGGGCCACCUGGUCCCCACGGUGGAGCUCGGCAAGCUGCUCCUGGCGCAGGGCCUCCAGGUCACCGUCCUCCUCGGCGGGGGCGAUACGUCGUUCCUCGACGGCGUCGCCGCCGCCAACCUGGAGAUGUCCUUCCACUGCCUGCCCCCGGCCGUGCUCGCCCCCGACGUGGCCGCCGCCUGCAGCAGCAGCUUCGAGGCAAGGGUCUUCGAGCUCGCGCGCGCCUCCAACCCGGACCUGCGCGACUUCCUCCGCUCCGCCCGCCCGGCCGCCCUCCUCAUCGACUUCUUCUGCAGCGCCGCCCUCGACGUCGGCACCGAGCUCGGCGUGCCCAGCUACUUCUUCCUCACCACCUGCAUCGCCAGCGUCGCCCUCUGUCUCUACCAGCCCGUCAUCCACGAGGGGACCAGCCUCAGCUUCCGGGACAUGGGCGGCGACCCCGUGCACUCCCCGGGUCUGCCGCCGAUCCCGGCGGAUCACCUCGCCGCGGCCGUCAUGGAUCGCGAGAGCCUGAGCAACAAGCACUUCUUGGAGCUGUCUAAAAGGAUGUGCGACUCACGGGGCGUCCUCGUCAACAGCUGCCGCUCCUUGGAAACCCGCGCCGUCGACGCCAUCAUCUCCGGCCUCUGUACUCCGCCCGGGCUUCCAACGCCGCCGCUGUACUGCAUCGGGCCGCUGAUAAAGCCCGACGAGGAGACCGGGACGACGAAGCGCCACGAGUGCCUCGCGUGGCUCGACGGCCAGCCCGAGGCCAGCGUAGUGUUCCUCUGCUUCGGCAGCAUGGGCCGGUUCUGCGCGGAACAGGUCAAGGAGAUGGCGGCGGGGCUGGAGGCGAGCGGGCAGCGGUUCCUGUGGGUCGUGCGGCGCCCGCCCCCGCCAGGCGCCGAGCGCCGGCCGCCGGCCGACGGCGACGACGACGGCCUCGACCUGGACACGCUCUUCCCGGAAGGCUUCCUGAAGCGGACCAAGGACAGGGGCCUGGUGGUCAUGUCCUGGGCGCCGCAGCGGCAGGUGCUGGCGCACGGCGCCGUCGGCGGUUUCGUGACGCACUGCGGCUGGAACUCGGUGCUGGAAGCCGUCGCGGCGGGCGUGCCGAUGCUGGCGUGGCCGCUGUACGCGGAGCAGCGCAUGAACAGAGUAUUCCUCGUCGAGGAGAUGCGGCUGGCCGUGCCGAUGGAAGGGUACGACAAGAAGAUCGUCGAGUCCAAUGAGGUGGCGGCGAAGGUGCGGUGGCUGAUCGAGUCGGACGGCGGGAGUGAGCUCCGGCAGCGGACGCAAGCGGCCAUGCGGCUGGCGGAGGAGGCGCUGGGCGACGGCGGGGAGUCCAGGACCGCGCUGGCGGAUCUAACGAGGCAGUGGAAGAAAAGCGCCGCCGACGACGACAGCUGA